UCCAGCUCCAGGACUCUCUCCCCUUCGCUACGAAUAGGACAGCUUACCCUAGUAACAGUAGGACAAAAUGUAUGCAUCAUUUGAAGGUUCUAGCACCCUUCCUAUAAACACCAGUGCACUAGCUCUCGACUCUGCUACGAAUGGGACCAAUAUAUUUUUCCAGGGUUUGCAGCUGGUGCAGCGACUCAAAUUGCUGAUCAUCCUGUUGUACACAGGUGUGGUCAUUAUCGGGAUGGUAGGUAACUGCCUCCUGGUCCAUGUCAUUCUGCAUGUCAAGAAGAUGCACAAUGUCACCAACUUCCUCAUUGGGAACCUAGCCCUUUCAGAUGUGGCGAUGUGCACCACAUGCGUCCCACUUACUCUUGCCUAUGUUUUUGAGCCACGGGGCUGGAUUUUUGGCAGCGCAAUGUGCUAUUUUGUCUACUUCAUGCAGCCAGUGACUGUUUAUGUCUCUAUCUUCACCUUGGUCACCAUUGCAGUUGAUCGAUACAUUGUCAUUAUACACCCUUUGCGACGCCGUGUCUCCCUUCAGCUUAGUGCUUAUAUGAUCCUCUUUAUCUGGAUUUUGUCCUGUUGCUUAGCCUUGCCAGCUAUGGCACAUACCUAUUAUGUGGAGCUGGACCAGCAAGGCAUCAUCCUAUGUGAGGAGUUCUGGGGGGAUCAGGAACACCAAAGACAAACCUAUGCUUUGUGCCUGCUGCUCGUUACUUAUUUUUUUCCUUUGCUGGCCAUCCUCAUUUCCUACAUCAAGAUCUCCCUCAAACUAAAAAACAGGGUGAUGCCGGGCAGUGUCACUAAAAACCAGGCAGACUGGGACAGAGCUAGGCGGAAAAGGACCUUCUGCUUGUUGGUCAUAGUAGUGGUGGUCUUUGGAGUUUGCUGGCUUCCCCUUCAUGCCUUCAACUUUAUUCGGGACAUUAACAUUAAUGCAAUUGACGCUUAUUAUUUCAGCCUUAUCCAACUGGUUUGCCAUUGGUUUGCUAUGAGUUCUGCCUGUUAUAACCCCUUCAUAUAUGCCUGGCUUCAUGAUAGCUUUAGGGAAGAACUUAAAAAAUUACUUGCCUGGCCAAGGAAAGUAGUUCCCUCUGGACAAAGUGCAACUGUGAGUGUUGUUAUCUGAUCAAUAAUGCACCUGGUCUCCUGACAGACAAAGAGUCUAUAGUUUAAUGAUUCCGUGUUGAAAACAGCAGUAUUUUUGUGUUGAAGAUAACAGCCAAAUCUUGCUGCUUUAUAAAAAAAACAAAACAAAACCCAAAACAUAACAAAUGGCAGGCUCCAUAAAACAAACAAAUGAACAAACAAAAAACAAAGAAUUAGGACUAGUCAUGAAGGUUGCAGCAAAACGAUUUAUUGAACCCUAUAAACAAGAAUCUGGUUAACCAAUGGUCAGCAAAUGUCAUCCAGGUCAUGGUUGCUUUUCAAAAGGCAAAUGGACUUUCUUAGUUUUCUUUUCUUUUUUUCUGAAGAAG